CUCCUGUUGCAUAAAGAUUUAUUAUCUUACAACGAAAUGAGUAUUUUCUAAUAAAAUCCGACCCUAACAGCAAAUCGAUGGAAACGACGCGUAGCAGAUUCGCCAUAAAACUUUACGUUACUUCACAAACCAAAACACAUGUAUAAGCAAACAACUGAAGGUUUAUGAUAAUUGAAAUUCUUGCAAUAUAUAAUCUCGUUUCGAAGGCAACCGUGUUUCCGCGAGAUAUGUGUUUUGUGUUACGCGCUCUUCUUGUUUCACUUUUUAUACUUACAAUUACGGCUCAUUACGUGAACAAGUCACACACGAAGCCGUGGAAAGUUCGCUUUUAUCCGAAGAGAUCUGUGUUCAGGAAAGCGGACCUUAUUGACAGGGGUUGUGCUGUUUUUAUCAAAGACUGUCCCGGCUCAUAUAAGCAGAAUUUGAUCUGUGCGCGUCAUUACGACGGCAAAUACAAGACCUUCAACAAUUACUGCGAAAUGGAAUACGAGAAUUGCAACAGUUGGCGACAAUGGAGCAUGGUGAAGAGGGACAGGUGUGGUUAAUAUUAAUAAAUAUUCCUUAGAAGAUGCUUCAGGAAGAAAUUUUGUUAAACAAAUCCACGGUAUUGAAUGUACGUAUUUAAGAAACGAAAGAAUAGAAUAUUAAGAAAGAAUAAAUGUUUUUUAAACAUUAUAAGCACA